AUGGUGACACUUAUAAUGAACAAUAUUGGUGAAGAACUGACCAGAGACCAAAAAAAACUGUGCUAUAAUCGCAUCCCAUUUGAGAACCAACAUGUGGUAACCCUAGCUAUUGGACACACUUGUAUUCUCAUCGAUCAUUGGCUCCACAAUUUGGCUAUUAUCAAUCAUCGAAUAUUCAUAUUUCAUAGAAUACUUGUUGGAUUAAACAUUUACAAUGACAACGACUGGUCAAUAUUUUCGAGAGUUCUGGCGAAAAACAUUAUUCUUCUAUUGUACAAUUCAUUAGCCACCGUUUCCAUUACAGAAACGAUUAAAUCACCUUCGUUCGACGAAUAUGAACAACUGUAUGAGAAAUAUCCUCAAACACUCACAUGUCCAUGUAAGAAAAUACUCAUAGAUUAUGAACAUAUUCUCGAUAUUCAUUAUGAAUUACAUCAAGUAUGCACGAGUACGUUUAUCACUAACGCCUGGUUUAUUUAUCUUGCUCAUCCUGAUCAGAAUAACAAAAUAUCUUACAGAGAUUUCCGAUGGUUAGGUUCGUCUACUUUUCAAGCUUUGAAUUCAUUGUGUCAGUUGGUUCAUCAAACAAUCUUAGACAGCCGACAACAGUUUUUAUACAAUCAAUAUAUUAGUAUUACAGUUACAUCUCGGAAUCUAUUUGAGUUCCAACUUCGAACAUUUGUUCAACAGCUGAAAUCAUCCAUAACAAAUAAUUUUGUUUUCUCGCUCGAUCUUGUACGCAAUAGCACUCACACUAAUGGAUUAUACUCGGCACUAGACACAAACUACCGUUUGUUUCUAGUCGUGUCAAACACGUUUAUUGAAUCUGGACCGAUUAUGUACCCGAAAAAUUGUCCCUGCGAAGUUUCGCCAACAUGUUCCGGCCCUUUAGCGAUUUACAAUUUUUCCGAUUCAACACCAGUCUUUGUUGUACCUGGUAUGCAUCGUGCAUGUUAUAUAAUCGAAGCACUUCUGCAAUCUACUCUCGAAUGUUUUUAUAAUCACGCAUGUCUUCAACGGCUUCAAUCAUAUAUUUUAUCCGAAGUACCAAUUGGUAUAACACCUCUGAAUGCAGCAUUGAAAAGCAGUUACUCAAUCAAUUCCACAAUCAAACAACUCCUUGAUCAGUUAAUGAUUGAAGAAUGGACAUGGUCAAGUCAUUACGAGCAAUAUUAUAAUCACUGUCGACCUGUUGACUGUAAGUAUAGUUAUAAGUCAACAAAUAGUGUUAUUUAUAUAGUAACAGCAUCGAUUGGACUUCUUGGUGGUUUAGUUACUGUUUUGAAAGUAAUGAUCCCACUAUUAGUGCAACUUCAGCAAGAGUUGAAUUUCAAACGAAGUCAUCAAAACCCUUCAUCCGAUAUGCAAUGGCGUAGAGAUAUCACAAAGUGA